UGUGCGCAGGAUUCAUCAACCAAUGGAAAUCUUUGGAUGUAACAUUCCACACUUUGGAUUUAUAAUGUCAUCUCAUGGCACUGAACAUCUCUGUGAGACUGGACCAGAUUUACCAUGUUUACCUGCACACAGAGGAACCCUGUAAUCAAGUGGUUUCUGAGAUGUCAGUACUGAGCGCAGUCUGAAUCAAAGUCUUGGACUGACGUCAUAGAAUCACAAACUAUGGGCGGAGAAAACAUCACCAUUAACGGCAACAUCUCAGACAUCCACCGCAUCGCACACAGUCUGUGGGAAGUGGUCACAAUAGCGACUGUCUCCGCCAUCGUCAGCCUCAUCACGAUUAUUGGAAACAUUCUAGUGAUGUUGUCCUUCAAAGUGAACAGUCAGCUGAAGACGGUGAACAACUACUAUCUGUUGAGUCUGGCAUUUGCUGACCUCAUCAUUGGCGUCUUCUCAAUGAACCUAUACACCUCGUACAUACUGAUGGGUUACUGGUCUCUCGGUAGUCUGGCGUGUGAUCUGUGGUUAGCUGUGGAUUACGUGGCCAGUAACGCCUCUGUGAUGAACUUACUAGUCAUCAGUUUCGACCGAUACUUCUCCAUCACGAGACCGCUGACGUAUCGAGCCAAACGAACGCCAAGGCGAGCGGGCAUCAUGAUCGGUCUCGCUUGGCUGGUGUCCUUCAUCCUGUGGGCACCGCCAAUCCUGUGCUGGCAGUAUUUUGUCGGUAAAAGGACAGUCCCUGAGAGGCAAUGUCAGAUCCAGUUCUUCUCUGAGCCAGUGAUCACCUUUGGAACAGCGAUAGCGGCUUUCUACAUUCCCGUCUCCGUAAUGACCAUUCUAUACUGCCGGAUAUACAAAGAGACAGAGAGACGCACUAAAGACCUGGCCGAACUUCAGGGCACCAACUCUUCACCAAACUCUAGCAGCAAAGUUCAGCCUCAAAAAACCAUCAUCAGAUCAUGUUUCAACUGUAAACAACUGAGCGGCACCUCAAGCAAGAGAAACCAAACGUCCUGGUCCUCUUCAAACCACAGUAAUGCGCCUAAAUCCACCACAUUGUCCCACGAGGAGUGGUCCAAAACUGAGCAUCUGGCCAACUUCAACAGCUAUGCCUCCUUUGAAGAUGAGGAGCAGUCCAUUUCUCCUGGGGUUUCCCAAGUGUCUUAUAGACAUCCAGAAGGAAAAGCUGCACCGUCCGGUGAGAACGAACGCUCGUGCAGCUACGAUGAGGAAAACUUCUUCCCGAAGAGCAAGAAAUGCAUCUCUUACAAGUUCAAGCCUGUAUUGAAGGACAACGGUCCACAGGAGAACACCAACGGCGAUGCAAAAGCCGCCACCUCGUCUGCUGAGUCUGUGAACGGCCCUUCCUCAUCUUCAUCUUCAAAGCCCAUAGAUGCCACACUGAAGAGCCAGAUGACCAAGAGGAAGAGGAUGGUCUUGAUCAAAGAAAGGAAGGCCGCCCAGACUCUGAGCGCCAUCCUGCUGGCCUUCAUCCUCACGUGGACACCCUACAACAUCAUGGUGCUCAUCUCCACCUUCUGCUCCGAUUGCAUCCCGCUGUGGCUCUGGCAUCUGGGGUACUGGCUGUGUUACGUCAACAGCACUGUUAACCCCAUUUGUUACGCUCUAUGUAACAAAACCUUUCAAAAGACCUUCCGCAUGCUGCUGCUGUGCCAGUGGAAGAAGAGGAGGGUUGAGGAGAAACUCUACUGGUGUGGACAAAACCCUGCAGUGAGCAACAAAUUAACCUGACAGAAAGAAUGAGUAUUUAUGAAUGAGUAUUCAUGACCUCUGUGCCCCAAAUUUCCGCCCCAAACAAAGAAGGAACUGUAUUGGCACCUUGGUUUCUUGACAACAGUGGAUUUAUGGGGACUGACAUUAUUUGAAUACAGCACACUAAAACUGCAGCGAUAUUUUCACUGAGAGUUUUGCUCAUGGAAAUUCCUCUUGAGAAGACACAGAUCUCUUUACAGAUCUUUUAAGAUCAAAAUUGGAGUUUUGUGGCUUUCAGUUCAUGUCUGUUAGUUUAUCAAUAUUCUAGUGUACUCCUAAUGAACUUUUAAUAGAUAUAUACAUUAUAAAUGUAAAGCUUUUCUUUUUUGGGGAAAAUGGACAAAAAGUACUCCUGCUCAGGGCUGUAGGCUAUAGAGAUCUAUGUCAGGUGGACGUCAACACAGGAAAGAUAAUUGCAUUGGUCAAACCAUUUUUAUUGGGUCUUUGAUAUUGAAAACCAUCAAGAAGUUCCUUGUUUUUAAUUCACAAUCGAUGGCUCCAAUAUGAAUGAACAUAAAAUAUUCCAUCUGAUAUCAAGAUGAGAACAGAGAAUACAAAAGCUAACAAAUGCAGAGGUGUAAAAUUGUCUUUUGUUCAUUGACUAAGUUUCUUGUGUACAGAACAAACAUUCAAUCAUAUUAUUUGGCAAGGGAUUUUUUUAUUUCGGCUUGUUACCAACACAGUAUUAAAGGGCUAUUGUUGUGUUUGCAGUAACACUAUGGGCUUAACAUCGAUUGUACUCUUGUCAAAUGCUUUUUUGUGCCAUUAUUGUAGAGUAGCUUGGAAAGAGUGGAAGCAAACGUAAAUGUUUCGGUGGAAAAAGUGUAAAAAGUGCAGAUACUCCCAAUGCCCAGUUUUAAGUGGCUUAUUGGCUUUUAGCUCAACAUGUAACUUUUUCGGUGUUAAAAUACCUUUUUCUUUCCCAGAGACAACUUAUGUAAGCUACUCAUAGAUUAAUUGUCUCAGUAAUUGUAAACACUGUGUCUCUGUGGCGCUAUAAAAAUUCCUGUUUGUUUUGUGUGACCUGCUUAGACCCGCCCCAACAAUGUUAUUCAACCAAUGGCAUGAGUUGGGGGCAGGACUAUGUUACUGUUUGAACAACUGCAGACGAGGGGUGUAUUUGGAAAUCUGUUUUGAAAACAUUGUUUAUUUUUGCAAUUCUGCUCUGUGGCGCUAGUGUUGCAGGAAUUACACACUUCAGAUUUAAUUAUUCUUAACAAUCAGGAGUGUGAAAUAUUUUAUGCUGUCAUGUUAUUUAAUGUUCAACUAAGUCAAGCUGCUGUGGACAAAUGGACCUCUUUAGAAACAAACAGUUUGUAACACCAAUGUCUAACUUUUUGUCUCAAGAUGCUUUGAAAUGAGCGCAAGAGUGCCCGCCCACUUUUUCAGCCGUCUUGAUUCCGGAAGUAUUUUUCCCAUCCAUUUUUCCCAUAGGGAUUUCAUAAAACCCUUUAUAAAAGAGUUGUGAGCCAUGAACCAAACCAACCAGCUCCAAGGUGAAUCACAACAUUACAAACUUUGAUUUGAAGCAAAAAAUAAUUUGAAGAUCGGACAAGAUACUAGACUGUGCACUUAAUGUCUUUAAUGAGGGAAUGAACUACAGUCCCAUGAUGCAUUGCGAAAGAUGUAAUCGAAUUAAACUAUUGAUUUAAAGUUGUUGAUUAUAAGUACAGUAUAUUUAAAGUUUAUUGCAAAAUAUUCAUAUAUAUUCAAGUAUAUAAGUAGUUUGAGAGUGUAGGGAGAGUGACUUGAUUGCAUCAUUCACAGUGCAUCAUGGGAGUGGGUGGAGCUGCAUUCUCUGAUUGGUGGAUCUCACCUCAGUAUCAUGGGUAGUGUAGUUUUUUUACCAGGAAUGCUAUCAAACAUGAUUUUUUUGUUGCAGUUGAAAUAAUGCAAACUGAUGGCUUCAACAGAAGCAUAUAACAUUGAUUAACAACCUUGGAGCUCACGGUAGGUCUGUCUUUAAAGGUUUAUAAGUUAUCGUUAAAAUUGUAUUCGCCUAUGGAGAAAAUGAACAGGAUUUUUACUUCCGGAACCAGACUGUUGCACUCUAUUACAGUUCACUUUAAAUGUGCAGAUAACAAUUAAAUAAACUGAAAAUGAAGGGGACCAAAUAUAUGAGAAGGUUUUACACUCUACUUGACCAACUUUUAUUGUUUACAGGAUUGACAACAUAUUUUGCUUUGUUAUUUCAAUGUAACUUCUGACUGUGUGUGUGAGUGCAUGUCUGUGUGAGUGUGUGUGUGUGUCUGUGUGUCUGUGUGUGUGUGUGUGUGU